AUGGAGACCAGCAAUUCAGUCCAGCAUAAUAUUGCUUCAGCUAGAAGACUUGAAGGCAAGGUUGCAUUGGUAACCGGUGGAGCUAGAGGCAUCGGCGAGUGCAUUGCACGAACCUUCUGCAAACAUGGUGCUAAGGUGGUGAUCGUCGACAUCCUAGACGAGCUAGGCCGAUCGGUAUGCGACGAUAUCGGAUCCAAAAUGGCCUCAUACAUUCACUGCGACGUAACAAAUGAAUCCGACAUCGAAAAGGCAAUAAACGCAACCAUUAGCAAGCAUGGUAAGCUCGACAUACUUGUAAACAACGCAGUAUUCAUUGAAGACGCCAAAACAAGCAUUCUUGACAACGAUAAGUCGGAUUUCGAUAAAGUCAUCAGUGUCAACCUCACCGGAGUUUUCUUGGGAACCAAACAUGCAGCUAGAGUGAUGAUAACAGCAGGGAAAGGAAGCAUAAUAAAUAUAGGGAGUGUUUGUUGCAGUGUUGGUGGGGUUGCAUCUCAUGCAUAUACAAGCUCAAAGCAUGGAGUUCUGGGGCUCACAAAGAAUGUUGCAGCCGAGCUCGGGAGGUAUAAAAUCCGCGUGAACUGCUUGUCACCGUAUUAUAUAGCUACGGUGGCGUCAAAAGAUUUCUUCAAGAUAGAAGAGAAAGAGAAAUCAAAAUCUAAGGUGCAUUCGAACCUCGAAGGAGUGGUUCAUAGAGCAGAAGAUAUUGCUGAAGCUGCUGUUUAUUUAGGGAGUGAUGAAUCAAGGUAUGUUAGUGGGCAUAAUCUCAAUGUGGAUGGAGGUUUUACUGCCAUAAACCCAGCUUUUGGUUUAUUUUCCCGUUUGUGAUAAUAUUGAUUAAUUAAGAAUAUUAUUAUAUAUCUAGUUUGGAUUGACAAGAUCAUAU